AUGCAAGCCAUUACUCCUGUCGAUAUUCAUAUUGAAAAUGAACGACAGGAUGGAUCAAAUAUUGAAAAAUAUACUAAAACAUCGACUCGUAGAGGUCGACAAAUACCACGAAUGCAUACACGUGUUACGAACAAAACGAAAACUAAGAAAAUAAAAACGAUAUUAUCACCAUCAUCUCAUAUUCCUAAACAAAUUGUUAUUCCUAAAUUAGUUCUACCAAGGCAUUCUCAAAGUUCAUCAUUGAAUCGAGAACCAUGGGUUCCAGCACCAGGUCGUUCAACAAAAGGACAAAAAGUUUCUUGGCUGAAUACAAAAUCACAUUUAGAAAUAAAUCCUGUUACAGAAUUUACAAUUGAUGAUGAAGAUAGUUGGAAUAUUGAACAUGAUAAAUAUGAUGAAAAUAUAAAAUUAAUGACAGAAAUUCAAAAUUAUGAAAGACGUAUUCAAAAAGUUAUUGAAGAUAUUGGAACACUUAAAGAAUUUAUACAUAAACAUACUAAUUAUAAACAAACUAAUCAACUUCGUUCGAAUAUUGAUUCAUCUUUAUUUGAAUUAGAACGUUUUCAACAAAAUUAUGCUCAAUAUAUUAAACCUAAUUCAACAUCAAAAAUUUUACGUUCAAAAUCUUUAUCACCAAUACGUAAUUAUAAUACUAAUAAUAAUAAUAAUAAUAAUCGUUCAUCAAGUCUUGAUGAAUUCCAACGAAGACAAAAUCUAACAUCAAAAGUUUCAUUUUAUGAUGAUCCAAUUAUUGAAAGACGAAAAGUACAUAAUACAACACCAAUACGAGGUCCAAUUCAUCUUAAUCCAGAUCGAGAACAAUUAUUAAUAACAUUAGCAGAUUCUGAAGUUGAUAUUGCACAAAUUACAAAAAAAUUAUCUUCACUAACUGUUAUUCUAAGAAAACUUAAAUUCGAUGGUCAAACAGUAACGUAUGAAAUUGAACAAUUGUAUCAACAACGAAAUGAACUAUUGCAUUUAAUUGAACAAUUUGAACGUUCAAAUAGUAAACUUAAAAAAUUUCUUCAACAUCAAUAUCAUUUAGAAGCUGAACAUGGAAUUAUAAAUGAUCAAUAUGAUAAAUUAAAAACAUAUAUUGAUGAAAAUCGACAAAUAAAACGUUUAUUAAUUGAUAGAGAAAAUGAUAAUAUUGCUUUACAAACAGAACUUGAACAUAUAAAAACACAAUCUAUUGGUUUUGAUACAAUGAAAACAUCAUUAGAACAUAAUCGUGCUCAUCUUCAACGUCAAUUAUAUACAAAAGAAGGAGAAAUACAUCGAUUACAAAGUGCUUUACGAUCAUUAGAACAUGAUCUUCAACGUAAUCGUUGUCAAUGUGGUAAUUUUCGUCGAUCUAUUAAACGUAAAUCAAAAUGUUCUGUUUGUUGUUGUUCAUCAUCAUCAUCAUCAGAUCUUAUAACUAAAACAAAAGCAUUAACUAUUGAAAAAUUACAAACUGAAUUAAAUGAUCGUGAUGAUGAAAUAAAUGAAUUAAAAAGAAAAUUAUCUAAUAAUAAUAAUAAUAAUGAAGAAAAAGAUGAUACAAAUUUAGAAAUUAUACGUUUAAAAACAAAACUUGAACAAACUGAACAAUUAUUAAAUAAAUAUAGAGCAGAAUUACAAACAGAAACAUUUAAAGCAUCAGCUAAUCAUAGUAAAAAUCAUUUAUCUGAACUUGAAUUAGAAAAAGUUCGUAAUCGAUUACAAAAACGUAUUGAAGAACUUGAACCAUUACCUGAAUUAUUAAAACAAGCUGAAAUAGAAAGAGAAACACUUCAAAAUAAUAUUGAUGAACUUCGUAAACGUUUAUCUUUACAAUCAAAUUUUCUAACUCCAAUUCAAUUAAAUGAUCGAAAUAAUUGUUAUCGUUUUUCAUCUGAUGAUGAUAUUCAAACUCUUCAAGGAAAAAUAAUUUCAUUGGAAGAAGAAAAUAAAAAAUUAUUAAAAAUGUUCAAUACAAAAGAAGAAGAAUUACGAAAUGUACAACAUCUUCUAAAUGCUAAAACAUAUGAAUCACCAUCAAUAAAUAAACAAAAUGAUUGGAAAAAAACAGAUUUUAAAAUUCGUGAUGAUAUAUAUGGUUCUAAAGAACGUUUUCUUCCAAAAGAUACAUUUGAUCUUGAACAACAAAUAGCUAGACUUCGUCUUGAAUAUACACAAUUAAAACAAGAAAAAGAUGAACUUGAACGACGUUUUACAUCACAAUUAACAGAAUUACGUGAUAAACUCGAACAAUCAAAUAAUAAUAAUCGUUCAAUGCAAAAUUAUAUUAAUUCAAUUAAAACAGCAUAUACAACUCUUUUUAAUGAUACACUUCCAACAUCUUUAACACGAUAUACAACAACAUAA